AUGGCUGGACGAGGUCGUGGCCGCGGUGGAUUCAAUCCAGGUCAAUUGAAGGGAGCAACAUGGGAAUAUGAUGCUGGCGCCGUUCUAGAGACCAAACCUUCAGAACUCUUCCCUCCUCAUCCAAACCUCAAGAAACCAGCCCAUCUCACCGAGAAAGAGCGCCGAGAAAUCAACAACUUUCGCAACCUCCAAGCCAGAAUUCACCGUGGUCCCCUCUAUACACAAUCCACCAAGCGCAAUUCCGAUGCUCCCACUAAGAUAUUCAGCGAGGCGCAGUUUAAUGCCCAAUACGGCGGGAAUGUAAAGGCAGAUAUGGAUCCUUUCACUGGUGUUGAGACCUACUCCAUGAGAUAUGCCCCGAAAAAGAAUACUCUGCCCAAGCUCUCCGAUGCUUCAUUCGAUAAGACUCUUUUCCCCGAGGAACUCUGGGACACGCUGGAAGGCAAGUCUGGUAUCGCGGUCAAGAAACACAUCGAUCGAGCUAUGCAAAAUAAAGCGCACAUGAUGGGUGCCAAAGGGGAUGAUAGUAAGGAUAAAACCAAGAUCUUGCUUGAGAAGAUUGAUGAUGCGGUCGAGGGUGUUGAUGAUGAAAACGAUGAAGAGGAGGAUGAGGCGGCUGUUGAUUCUGAGUUUGAUGAUGAGGAUGGAGGUGACUAUGAUGCCGAGCAGUAUUUCGAUGGUGGAGAGGAUGGUGAUGACGAUGAUGGAGAGGAUGGCGGUCAGGAGUACUGA